AUGUAGAUAGAGUAUUAUAUAGAAUAGAAUAGGAAGAGUUAUUAGGAGAUUAAGAUUAGAAAAAAUAAAAAGAAUUUAUUACUUGGAAUCAGUUUUUCGAUUAUUUUAAUGAUUCAAAGUCUUUAAGAAAAUAAAAUGAAAUAUAAACUAAAGAAAAAAUUAAAUAAAUAAAAGUAUUUUCUUCUAUUAAAGAUAAUUUUGAUGAUUAAAAUUAAUUAGAUUUAGAUGAUGAAAUUAAAAUUUUAUUAAAACAAACAUUUGAUAAAAUGGAAAAAUAUUCUGAAUAGUUUGUUAAUACUUUUUCUUAUAUAGAAGAAAUUAAAUAGAAUUAAAAAUAUCCAUAAUUUCAACAUCUUAUUGGCAGAAGGAAAUCAGAAAAGUAUUUCCUAAAAGAUGAGCUUUUUACUGAAACAUUAGAUAGAAUGGAAAUUGAAGCAGACGAAUAUAUUGACUGGGAUGAAGUUUUGGAUUUUUUUACCAGAAGAGGAAGACCUAAAUUUUCUAAAAUUUAAGAAGAUGAAUAAUUAUUAUUUAAUUAAAAAAUUGCAAAAGCUCCGAGAAUAUAAGAAAAUUAAGAAAAAUUUGAUAAUUCUAUAAAAGAAAGUUUUGAAAAAUAAAAUAGCAAUUUCUAUUAAUAAGAUUAUAUAGAUGGAUAUGAUAGUGAUCCUGAAAUAUUUACUUAUUAAAAAAUAAUUACCCUUUAAAAAUUAAAAGAGCAAGUACCAUGGUUCUGUUCUACAAAUUUACUUGAAAAAAUAUAAAGAGACGAGGAAUUAAAAAGAUAAGAAAGAGUUUCUAAAUAAGCUUAGAAAACAAUGGCGAUGUCUAAAUUACCACCAAGAAUGGAAAAGCAUUAACAAGAAUAAAAGGCUAGAGAAAUAAUGUAAUCUUAAAGUGUUUUAAGUAAUAGAAAUUUUUCUUUAAAAAGACAUAAUUCAUAUGAAGAAAAUUUAAGAUAUUAACCUUAUAAAGCUAAAAAAGUUCCCGAUUUUAACAAAAUGCACGAAAAUUUUGAGGGGAAAUUGA